AUGGAAAAAACAGGCACUGGCAAUGGAAACACAAAUUACCAAGCUGAGGAAAGUGGCUGGACUUCAUAUUUUGAAGAUUUCUCUAAACACAUUGAACCAAGUUAUUGUUCUUCAAGUUUAGGUGGUUCCUCUUUGGUCUCAGAUGCUGCUUCUUGUGCUGCAUGGAAAUUCUCACAUAAAAAUCAUGUUACAAACUCACCAAACCUCUCUAAGAAACUUUCUAUGAAGAAAACAAGAACCAAACAUAUUUCACAUGAUGAUUCUUUAGAGGACACCGCUAGCUCCCCGGUCAAUAGUCCAAGGGUAACUGGAAUGAAUUCGAGAGAAAUGAUGUCAAGGAAGAUUGAAGAUCAAUUUGAUGUCUCUAGGGGUAAGGGAUUUAAAUCAGAGCGUUAUCCAAAGGUGGAAACAAAUGAUUGUGACAUAAAUUUCAAUGGGAAAAAUGUUGAUUGUACUGGUUUGGAGAAAAAGGGACUAUGUUUGGUUCCUAUGUCCAUGUUGGUUAAUUAUUAUGGAUGA